UUAAUGCAUGGGGUGUGGGCAGAAGAAGGAGAUGGAGCUGGUGAGAACACAAAACCCCACCUUGCAGCGACAGCAGUGUCUCCUUGAAUGGGGUCUGUGACAUUUCCUUUGAAUACAAACUCUGAGACUGUCCAACUGUCUUAAGCUGCUAUUGGGGGACUUAUUACAAGAACAUAUCAAAAUUUGGUUUGUAGCUUCCUUGUAAGGGCACAAACUUGGAUACUUCAGUUAACAUCUGAAUUUUGUACAGGAGCUUACAGAUUCAUGAUAAUAUGCCUCAGAACAUGAGCAAGUGCAGCAAACAGCUCUGAAUCAUGUUGUCUUGACUUCAGCUCAGCUGAAUAGGAUAUAAGUUAGUAGGGACUUUGGUGCAAAAGGUUUAAAUUAAAUAAUCUUCCUACUCCCCACGCCCAGUUGGGCUCACUACACUGUGACACAUACUUUGCAAGACUCUGCUUCAAUCAAUGCUAAAAGCCAAGGUUUUCAUGUACCAGUGGAGUAUAGAUUUUUUUUUAAGUUUGCUAUUGGAGUUUUGCUUUAUUUUUGGUUUUAGCUUAGUAUAUGUGCACCAUGUGCUAUGCUUUAGCAUACACUUUCCAAACUCUGUUCUGUGCUUUUUGUUGUUUCACUGAGAUUUUAUCUCUUAUUAGCAAGCUCCAGCCAAGGUGUGGUGACUGACAAUAGAGGAUUGAUGUAAACAUUAACAAAUUAACUGGGGCAGGAUAUGUGCUGGGCAAGGCCAGCAGCAGGAACCUUUGCUCAAGUGCAGGGCAUGACCCCAGCACCUGCACAAGCAGGAGCUGUGAGCAGGUGCUUGCCAGUGCCCCUGCACAGGAGAGGGGGAAAAUCACAGUCAGCCCAAGGGCACCUCACAGAAGCCUUGGGAGCACUGGCCUGUGUAGUGAGGGUGCAGAGAACAGAGCAAAGCUGAAGGGCUUGCAAGGCAAGGACAGCAAUUUGAAGCAUUUUGAAGAUCUUGCCUCAGAAAGAGCUCAGUGGUUGGGGUGCAACUUCCUUCACUGCCUAGCAUUACCUCCUAUAGCCAGCAAAGCCUUGUCACCUUGCUGAUUAUCUCCCUUCUUCAGGACAUUUAAGAAUAUACAGAAUAGCAUGGAAUUCUGCCUGUGUUCUCCCUCCUGUACAAGAACUGACCGUUCACACGUUUUAAGCUGGACUACCAGUUGCAAACGUACAUGCUUCCCAUCAGAUUGCACUGUCUUCUUGGUACAUAAAAGAUGUCAGUCAUACAGUGCAGUGAGUGUUUCUGGUUGUUACACUGCUUGAAAGCUUGCACUAGAAACUAGUGCGACAGUUCUUUCCUUUCUCUCUUAACUCCCUUCCAAACUCUUUCUGUUAAACUUUGGAAACUCUGCUCCUGCUGCAGCCAUCUCACACCAUGGAACAAACAAUUGCUAAGCUCUCAGGGGUCAGGCAUUGCCCAUGCUCACGUGGCAGCUCAGCAAGUGGUGUGUGCUGCCUACACUCAAUUCUACAAAGAAAAAAGGGGAAUAAAGCAAAAAACUCUGGACCUGUUCAUAAUUCCGUCAGGUAAGACUAUGAGAGAUGAAGCAUUUUUGUCUACUGAACACUGAGUGUGUUAGGUGGGGAAAGGACUGUAUGGAAAAAUUUUCAGACAAUGGAUGGAAUAUCCAAAAGUUGCCUGUCUUUGUUGGCAGGGAGAAGAGCAAUGUCAUUUCACUUCACCUACAGGAAAAUCCUAUAGGAAUGCAAGCAGAAGAUAAGUUUAAAAGAAUAAGCUUUCCCUGCUUAUCCCUGCUGCCUUUAAACACUACUCAGUUGCACAGAAAUUUCUUGUGGAAGUUUCAAAUUAUGUUGCUCUGAAAUGUGAUUUUUUUUUUUAAAGGGAAGUAAAAACAAAUAGAUGAGGUGGAAUGAAUGGUAAAAAAAAAAACAACAUUUUUGCAGAAUACCAGUAUAUGUUAAGAUGUUUCUUUCUGUUGCUUGCAUAAAGCCUGGAAAGAAGCGUGAAUCACAGUAAUCCAUUUCGGAGAUACAUACACACAACCUAUUACAUCUUUUUUGUCUUCUUAUUGCACUUAUGACUUGUCUCUUCAGUUUGUUAGAUCAGCUAAUACAUUAGUAAUUUGUCCCAGAGAUUACUCACGUUUUGCCACUUUCUGUUUCAGGGAGGUUGCAGUGAGUCCCGUGGAGAGCCGAGUCCCCGUCUCUCGUCUCAGCCCGGUGAGCUCCUUGUGUCAUGGUGGCGAUCCCCGCGGCUGCGAACUGGACUCUGCUCCCUGCAGAGGAGCUGUGCCCUCCUGCCAGUGGCUCCUCCAGGCCUGGGAGACCUGAUCUUGCAAGGCUAGAACUCUAAUGCAGAGCAGCUGGAAGUAGUUAGAUAUUGGAACCACUGCUGAUUUGGUUGCAUCUUCCAACAUGACCAAUCCUCAGCCUACAAUUGAAGGCAGUGUUUCAGAAGUUGAGAUAAUUUCCCAACAAGUGGAAGAAGAGACCAAAAGCAUUGCUCCUGUGCAGCUUGUUAAUUUUGCUUAUCGAGAUCUACCUUUGGCUGCACUUGAUCUGUCUGUGGCUGGGUCCCAGCUUUUGCCAAAUUUGGAUGAGGAGUACCAAAGAGAAGGAUCUAACUGGCUAAAACCGUGCUGUGGGAGACGAGCAGCUGUGUGGCAGGUAUUUUUGCUCAGUGCAAGUCUCAACAGUUUCCUGGUAGCCUGUGUAGUAUUGGUGGUGAUUCUUCUGACUCUGGAACUCCUAAUAGAUAUAAAGCUUCUCCAGUUUUCAAGUGCUUCCCAGUUUGCAGGAGUAAUUCACUGGAUCAGCCUAGUCAUCCUCUCUGUUUUCUUUUCAGAGACUAUUUUGAGGAUUGUGGUCCUUGGCAUAUGGGAUUACAUUGAAAACAAAAUAGAGGUGUUUGAUGGUGCUAUCAUAAUCUUGUCCUUGGCACCAAUGGUGGCCUCAACCGUGGCUAACGGCCCCAGCAGCCCGUGGGAUGCCAUCAGCCUUAUCAUCACUCUGCGGAUAUGGAGAGUGAAGAGGAUCAUUGAUGCAUAUGUCCUUCCAGUGAAAGUGGAGAUGGAGAUGAUGAUUCAGCAAUAUGAGAAGGCAAAAGUUAUUCAAGAUGAGCAGCUGGAAAGACUAACCCAGAUCUGCCAAGAACAAGGGUUUGAAAUCAGGCAGCUGAGGGCCCACCUUGCUCAGCAGGAUUUGGACCUGGCUGCAGAGAGAGAGGCUGCACUGCAGGUCCCACACGUGCUGAACAAACAGAGCAGCAAGAGGUACAAGGUGGUGGCCACUGAAGACUCCGACGAUGAAGCCACCGAGAACAUCACUGAGCUGCGACCUGCACGAGAGGAUGACAUGAAUAAUUACGUCAGUCGAUACUACAGUGAGCCCAGCAGUGACAGCGGAGUCCCCGAGGCCGCCAUCGGCGUGACCACGGCCGCCAUCGACGUGCACCGGCCCAACAUCUCCUCGGAGCUGUUCACGGUGGACGCGCCGCUGCGCCUGGGCAGCACCGGCACCUCGGCCAGCCUCACGUCGGGCAGCGCCUCGCGCUCCACCGUCAGCUCGGGCACGCGCGGCUGCAGCGAGAGCAGCCAGACCCUGGGCUCGUCCCCGGACUGCAGCACGGCCUGCGAGGAGCCCCGGCAGCGCGCGGCCCAGGCCGCGGUGCAGGAGCUGCUCUCGUCGCUGUCCCAGGAGGCCUGCCUGGCGCAGAAGGGGCUGGAUCCCGUCAACCUGAAGCUGCCCAGCCCGGCCGGCUCCGUGGGGGCCAGCCCCGACCUCGGCCACCGGCUCAGCGUCUACAACCGCAGGAACCAGGACAGUCUUGAUGUCUUCCAGCUCAAGCCACUCCUCGACUGCCCCCAGGGUGCCCCAGUGAUUGAGGAGAAGUAUGGGGUGCUGGGGCCCCCAGAGCCACGGCUGGGCAGGGUUCCUGAGGCAUAGGGCCCGUCCGGGGGAACGGGGACUCCUGUGAGGACACGCUCACCACGCUGGCCCACGAAGCUGCCGCAGGUGAGGUGGCAGUGCUGAAGACAUCCCGUUGCAUCUCCUGCAAUGGCCACCAGCCUAGGGCAUGGCCAGCGUCGCCUCUGCUCCCCAGUGUCUGUGGCACAUGACCUACCUGCCCUGCCACCAGCUCUGGGCCAGCUGGGACCUACAGUGGCCAUCUGGGAACAAUGGACCUUCCAGCAGUCUUAGGGCAAUAUGGACCCACAGGGCCUGGAGGGACAAACAGACUGUGCCGGGAACACCACGGAACUUCCACCAGUCUAGGGCCAGCACGAGCCCCAUAGUGCUGGGGGCAGGACAGAGCUGCUGGACAGCUUGGGCCCAGCCUGGCUCCCCAGCCUGACACUGCCCAGGGGCUGAGUGUGACUGGGAGGGGUGUGGAGAUGGGAAUAAACGCUGACAAACAUGUACAGCC